AUGGACGGGACGGUGCACUUGGUCGAGACCCCAGGCUCCGUGCGGCCCUCCCUCUGCCCCAGACCUCCACCCUCGCUGGCCCCGUGCCGGAUCCCCCAUAUCUGCCGAGCUCCUAAAUUCUCGCCUCAGGGCCCCUCGUGCGAUGGCCACGAGAGCUAUGUGACCUUCUGCCAGCUGGAGGACGAGGCUGCCUUCACGUGCAGCGCCGACCGCACCGUCCGGAAGUGGGACGUGCGCACCGGCCAGUGCCUGCAGGUGUUCCGAGGACACACGUCCAUUGUGAACAGGAUCCUGGUGGCCAAUGACCAGCUUUUCAGCAGCUCCUAUGACCGGACGGCCCGAGCCUGGAGCGUGGACAAGGGGCAGGUGUCCCAGGAGUUCAGGGGCCACCGCAACUGCGUGCUGACCCUCGCCUACUCCGCCCCCUGGGACCUGCCUGGGGCUCCCUGCGCCGAGGAGGCCGGGGGGCUGCUGGUGACGGGCAGCACGGACGGCACGGCCAAGGUCUGGCAGGUGGCGAGUGGCCGCUGCCAACAAACGCUGCGGGGCCACACGGGUGCUGUGCUCUGCCUUGUACUGGACGCGCCCGGCCACACGGCCUUCACCGGCAGCACUGACGCCACCAUCCGCGCCUGGGACAUCCUGAGCGGGGAGCAGCUGCGGGUGUUCAGGGAGCACCAGGGCUCUGUCAUCUGUCUGGAGCUCGUGAACCGGCACGUGUACUCGGGCAGCGCGGACAGGACGGUCAAGUGCUGGCUGGCGGACACCGGGGAGCGCGUGCGCACGUUUGCAGCCCACGGACACAGCGUGAGCGCCCUCAAAUACCACGCAGGCACCUUGUUCACGGGCAGCGGGGACGCCCGCGCGCGCGCCUUCGACGCCGAGUCUGGAGCUCUGCAGAGGGUGUUCCGCGGUCACGCCUUCGUCAUCAACUGCAUCCAGGUAGGCGCCCCCGCCCCGCUUGCUUUGAGCAAGGGCGAGCCCGGCCGGCUGCCUCGGUGGGGAGGGAAGGGCGGCCCGAGGCCCGGGUCUCCUGGCGAGGUGGGCUGCGCCGCCGCACCCCUGCAGCCGGCCUGA